GGAAAGAGGUAGCUGGGGGAGAGAGCAGAGGAGAAACCUGCAAGAGGCAGACAUUGCAGAAGAAAGUAGAAUUUUAAAAAAAGGCAGAAAAAGCCAGUCAUGAGAAGAGCAGGGCUAGUUUUCUUCAGCAGGGUCUGUGCUUGAAUGGGCUCCAGGCAGACUGGGUGAAGCAUGAAAUGGAUACAUGGGAAGAUGAUACAGCGGACCAGCGGACCUGCCUUAUCUGUGGAGAUCGCGCCACGGGCCUGCACUAUGGCAUCAUCUCCUGCGAGGGCUGCAAGGGCUUCUUCAAGCGCAGCAUCUGCAACAAGAGAGUGUAUCGCUGCAGCCGCGACAAGAACUGCGAGAUGUCGCGCAAGCAGCGGAACCGCUGCCAGUACUGCCGGCUGCUCAAGUGCCUGCAGAUGGGGAUGAACCGCAAAGCAAUCAGGGAGGACGGCAUGCCCGGAGGGAGGAAUAAAAGCAUUGGUCCUGUGCAGAUCACAGAGGAGGAGAUAGAGCGGAUCAUGUCGGGGCAGGAGUUCAAGGAGGACGCCCCGGAGCACACCUGGGGCAACAACGGAGACAGUGACCACAGCUCCCCCAGCAACGGAGCCUCGGAGGGCAACCAGCCCUCCCCCGCCUCCACCCUGUCCUCCAACCGCUCUGUGGAGAUGAACGGCUACACGGCGGCGCUGCGGGACCAGUACAUCAACACGUCCAUGUCCACGCACUACCAGCUCCUGCCCCACCUGUUCAGCUACGCCGCCCAGUCGGGGCUGCUCACGCCCCAGCCCCGCAGCCUCUACCCCCAGUCCCACCCGCUGGUGCUGCAGCUGGUGGCGGCCGAGGACCUGGCCCCCCUCACCACGCCCAUGCUCAUCGAGGACGGGUACAAGGUGACCCAGGUGGAGCUGUUCGCCCUGCUGUGUCGCCUGGCAGACGAGCUGCUCUUCCGCCAGAUCUCCUGGAUCAAGAAGCUUCCGUUCUUCUGCGAGCUGUCCAUCGAGGACUACACGUGCCUGCUGAGCUCCACCUGGCAGGAGCUCAUCCUGCUGUCCUGCCUCACCAUCUACAGCGCCCAGAUCUUCGGAGACCUGGCCGACGUCACGGCCAAGUACACCCCGUCUGACGACGAGCUCCAGGGCUUCAGCGAGGACGGCAUGGAAGUGAUGGAGAGAUUGAUAUAUUUGUUUCGCAAGUUCCACCAGCUGAAGAUCAGCAACGAAGAGUACGCCUGCAUGAAAGCAAUCAACUUCCUGAACCAAGAUAUCCGAGGCCUGUCCAACGUGUCCCAGCUGGAGCAGCUGAACAAGCGCUACUGGUACGUGUGCCAGGACUACACGGAGUACAAGUACCCGCACCAGCCCAAGCGCUUCCCUGAGAUCAUGAUGUGUCUGCCGGAGAUCCGCUGCAUCGCAGGGAAGCUGGUGAACGUCCCGCUGGAGCAGCUCCCCCUCUUGUUCAAGGCGGUCCUGCACUCCUGCAAGUCCAGCCUGAGCAGCUACCGGAGCGGGCCGUCCCCCUGCAUGACCGCCUCCUCCGGAAACUAGAAACUAGGACCUGCGGCCGCCGUCCAGGCUCCGGGCUCCGGUCUGCGGUCUCUCCUCCUGUGAAUGUGACAAGCAGCUAUUUUUUUCUUCCUUUGUUUUUCUUUUUCUUUUUUUUUUUUGGUAAUAUUUUUCUUUAUCUAUUUAUUACACGACAGAGCUGAAUGUAUACUGAUUUACACUGUGCACAUGCUUCUGUAUAAAUCAAAUGCUCAUAGAUGCAUUGGUCUUUGGAGUUUACAAGUGUAUAUCUAGUUUGCUCAAUGUGUCAGUAUUGCCAUUGUUAGACUAGACUUUAAAAGAGUUUAUUUUAUUCAGAUGGGGCAGCGAGACACAUUUAUGAUUUGUAACUACCUCAGGAAGAUGAUGUUGCUAUUUUCAGGUACCUUUUUCUUACUUUUAGACGAAGAGUUGCCCAGUCUAAAGCUAAACCUGCGGGUGCUUUGGCUCCCCAAUCAGAGACUCCAUGUUCCACGGAGCUGCAGGAAUGGGAGUUUGAACAGCAGUGUGUUCUGCUACACUGGAAAUGCAAAAUGAAUUAGCUACUUUAUAUGCACCAACUCUGGGAUAUCCUGUAACGGGAGGCGGUCUUAUCAGUUUAACAUUCCAUGAGUUAAGAUGACAGUUGCUCGAUCUGUAGGAUCGUUGAAAAAGGAGCAUACGGGUAUUUUUUACAAUCGUAGACUAGGGAUGUAAGUAUUGCUGGGGGGGCGGGGGGGCGGGGGGCAUAGAUAGAUUUGGUGUUUUUGUUUUAUUGUUCUUGAUUGUUCUUGUUUCUUGACCAAAGUGUUAUGCAAUGCUUUUUUUUCAAACACCCAGUGAUGGGUAGGGAGCUGACAGCUCACCAGAGAAAGAAAAAAAAAAAAAUCUUAUCAAUGAAGGAUCAGGAUAAGAAACUAAUCAAUAUGUAUCGGAGGGAGACGGACGUUUACGUCACAGGAAUUCAUCGUGAACGCUGCUAGACGCGCAUGUUUCUGCACACCGGUGCGCGUGCAGCAGGCGAGGAGCAGAACCUACUCUGACUAACCUGAACAUGCACACUUUAAGAAAAGAAAAAAAAAUAUCCAACACCCUGCUUUGGGAGUGGUUUUGGCAGCAGAACUUAGUUGUAGUUUGGGUGAUGAGACUAGUUUCCAGCCGUUACCCAGAAGCCCCCACAACUCCUGCUUCUGAUUGAAGCUUAAACGGCAUCGCCUCCAUGAACCGCUGCACCGACGUACAAGUGACGCUUUUACUAACGUCUUUUAUCUAAAUAGGAAUAAAGAAGUGACAAAGAAAAGACGUUAAUAUGCAGACUUCCAAAAAGCUGUGUUGGAUCCAGUUCUGAGGAAGCCGGGAGCUGAGGUUUCCUCUGGUUUCCAGGGCCCGAGCUGACAUUUCAGACCAACGCGUCACGUUUACCUAUGGUUGAAU